UCUGUUUUCUGGACAGGUGGAAGCUCCGGUUUGACGAGCUGCCGUUGUUCUCAAUACAAAGACAGGCGGAGACGAGAAAGACCUGAAAUUCCCCCCGAAUUAAAACAUGAACUUAUGUCGGAGACUAUAAAUAUUUUACAGAAAAUAAAAGCGGUAGUUUGAACGUUUUUGGUGAAAAAUGUCCGCAGGAGAAGAGAGAAAAUUGAAGAGAAACUGCGCAGUCAUAGUUUAAUGGGAGCGGUGACCUGAGCAGAUAUGCCAGCUGACGACAAGGUUGCCAUCCUGACAGAUGAUGAGGAGGAGCAGAAGAGGAAGUAUGUCCUCGCUGAGCCAUUCAACACCCUCUCCAUGGCCCAGCAAGAGGCUGUCACAGCGCCACCAGGACCCAGCUCUGACAUGGCACAUGAUCAGGCGGCAGCGGUGGCGGCCUCGCAGCCAAAUUCCAUGGACUGCUGCGAGAGGACGUGCCUCCGCAUCAACAGCCACCUCCUCAUCUCCAAAGUCUUCUAUUUCUUUUUCUAUGCCGCCUACGGCUCGCUGCACCCCCUGCUGGCCGUGUAUUACAAGCAGCUCGGCAUGUCAGCCAGCCGCAGCGGGCUGCUCGUCGGCAUCCGCUACUUCAUUGAAUUUUGCAGCGCCCCCUUCUGGGGUGUAGUGGCGGACCGUUUCAAGAAAGGAAAAGUCGUGCUGCUGUUUUCCGUUCUGUGCUGGUUAAUGUUCAACUGCGGCAUCGGGUUUGUCAAACCUGCAGAAAUGAUAUGUGAGGAAAAGGGAGCUUCUCUCACCACGCCGCUUCCGCCCGCGGUAACGGUCCAGCCUCAGGAGAACGUAACACAACCAAGCAACUCCACCAACCACACCAGAAGUCGGCGAAACGUACUGGAGCUGCAUGUGGAGCAUUCCCACGUGCUCCACAGGCUAGAACGUAGUGUGGAUGCCAACAUAACCACAACAUACUCUCCAUUUAAUUUACUAAACACCACCCAGCUUGUACCAAACACCACUCUGCAGACCACCACCAGUUCUGCUCCAGCACCUGAGAAAGAGUACCAGAUCAUCUACAACAGGGACCAGGUGGAGUCCAUCUUCCUGCUCAUCCUGCUUGUCAUCAUCGUGGGCGAGUUCUUCAGCGCUCCCGCCGUCACCAUCGUGGACACGGUGACCCUGCAGUAUCUCGGUAAAGCCCGCGACCGCUACGGCCUGCAGAGGAUGUGGGGCUCUCUGGGUUGGGGUCUGGCAAUGCUGCUGGUGGGCAUCUGGAUUGACCACACUCAUAUCACCGUGGCGAUCGAAGGCACUGGUUGCGCUGUGCCCGAUUUUCGCCUUCACAACUACCAGCUCGCCUUCAUUGUCUUUGGUGUUCUGAUGGGUGUGGCGUUGAUUGUGGCCACUCAGUUUUACUUUGAGAAAGGCGGUGAAUACCAGCAGGAAGUUCCAGAGGUGGUGGAGGACUCGGCGAACACUGACAGGGAGUCAGUCGCUUCAGACCAGACCCCCAGCAACCCCGACACCACCCAGGAGUUCCACUACAGUGACCUCCUCAAGCUGUUGUGCAGCGUGCGCUACAGCUCCGUCCUCUUCGUCGCCUGGUUCAUGGGCUUUGGCUACGGCUUCAUCAGAUCAGCAUCUUCCUCCUUCAUACAGUCCUAUGACAAAUGUCCACGCUUAGUGCUGUACAUCGGGCUGGCCUGCAACACAGCUCGCUACCUGUACAUCUCCUACCUGGAGAACGCCUGGAUCGUCCUGCCCAUGGAGAUCCUUCAAGGUGUGACCCACGCCUCAGUUUGGGCAGCUUGUAUCUCCUUCCUGAGCGCCGCGGUCCCGCCGGCUCUCAGGACGUCUGCACAGGGAAUCCUGCAGGGCCUGCACCUCGGGCUGGGCCGCGGCUGCGGAGCCAUGGUCGGAGGAGUAUUCGUCAAUUAUUUUGGUGCCGCAGAGACGUUCAGAGGAAUCGGCAUGGCCUCCCUCGUCAUCCUCCUCAUCUUCUCCUUCAUCCAGUGUCUGACCAGAGACACUGAAGGCAAAGAGGACAAAAUGCUAGCAGAGAACAUCCCUGUGCCCUCUAGUCCAGUCCCCAUCGCCACCAUCGACCUGGUGCAGAGUCACGCCCCCGACGGCAGCCCGGCCCCAGUGCGACAGGCUCCCUUGUUGCCAGUAAGGAAGACCAAACAUCAGGAGGAUCAGGAGGACCCGAACAGGCCGGCUUGGAUGCUUUCCGGUGCCCCCUGGGUCACCAUUGCCUUCGCCUUCGUCCAGAUCAAAGAGAUGAUCAGCCUGGCAAAGAACAGCACUCGAGACCCUCACCCACUGCAGGUGCCUAAUGAGCGGGCGGUGGCCGAGUACGAGGCGGUGGCAACUUCGCACAGAAACUCGAGCGAUGACGGCGCACACCCGCCGAAAUCCACCACGGAAACUCCCACGCAAGCAGACACCACCCACACCUCACACACAGACUCUGACAAAGACCAAACGCACCCUGCGUCAGACGGAGGAACGCCCAAAGACAAUCCGGUCUUAACAGAAGAAAACGCACAUUGAGUAUUCAUUUAAAAACUAUUGAAUGCACACACAGAGGGCUUUAACCGUGGUGUGUUUCAUUACUGCAAAGUGACCUGUCUAAACAAGUUCAUCUGUCCUCCAGUUCAGUGUUAAAAUCCUAUUGUGUGGUGAAGUGAUUCCUCUGCAGUUUAUAAACACUGUGUGUCCAGAUUAUUCUAAAAGCUAGUGUAGUGUGUACAUAUGAUCGUAAAAUGGGGGAUUAUCCUUGAAAACUGGAAGCAAGCUGGAAAUGGUUUAAUUCUGGAGGUGGAGUGGUUUCUAAACUUCAUUAAUGGAUGGUUUUUGCAGCAGGUUUGAAACUGAUCUCUGCGCACUGCAACACCUUCCGGUGGACUGUGAAGGAAAUUCCUUCAUUUGUAAAUGUGCCUCUUGAUAUGUUAUUUAACUUAAUUUACGUUUAAAAUGGGAAGAAAACUGUUGAAGUGUUUUUAAAAGAAGUAAUGAUACAACGUGCAGCUUUGACUGGACGACAGCACAAAUGACUUCAUGGGAUUUUAACUUGUGGCAGGGAUUUUUUUUUUUUGUUAAUUCUACUGUAAUACAAGAGUUCCCAAUCUGAUUGUGCCGUAGAUCAUUUUCAUGGCCACGCUUCGAAUGUGUGGAGCUAAAUUCACAAUAAAAGCCUCUCAGUUGUGUCUGGCUGAGUGCUUUUAAUUUGAAGCAGCAGCAUAAGUAACUAACCAUGAAAACUACCACAUACUGAAUGAGAAAUACAGCAAACAGAAAAGCUUUACAACAAGUUUAAAUUCAACCUGUGAUUACUUAGUAUAUAAAUAAAAUCAGAAACAUUUUCUUUAAUGCACAUAAAACAGAGGCUAUCUUUUCUACUGAGGGCCUGCUUUUCUAAAAAUCAGUGUUUAUUUUUUUCUUGGGGAAGUUUAACCCAUUUAAGUUAAUGUAUCAUUUUAAUGUUUCUCUAAAAGUUAACUAAUGUCUGUUGUUCUGGAGCUCUUUCUACGAUCCCCAAAGAUUUCUGUAAUAAAAAAAAAGGUCACCUUUCUCUUCCCUCCUCAUAGAAAUGACCUCUCCUUUCUCCUUGUCUUUGUAGAGUCAUGAUGAGGCACAACAAUGUAAAUUUAGAGGUAAAUAACAAACAGUAAAUUAUACAUUACAUGUG